AUGUCUCACGAAAAGCCCAAAGUUCCUUGUAUGACCUGGGGCGCAUUCAUGCAAAUCACCGAUAACUUCUGGCCAGGUCCACCUACUCUUACAGAAAAAGACUAUCCCUCUUUGACUGGGAAGGUUGUAAUUGUCACCGGUGGAAAUACCGGUGUUGGUUAUCAAACUGCUAAAUCUUUAGCUGGGUCUACCAAUGCUAAGGUCUACAUAUUUGCCAGAAGUGAGGAAAAGGCAUUGGCUGCAAUCAGGAGAAUGGAACUUGAGGUCGCCCAGGAGUACAAUAAAAACAAAAUUGAUGUUCACUUCAUCAAGCUUGACUUGGGUGAUUUGACCACAAUCAAAGCCUCUGCCGACGAAUUCCUCUCCAAGGAAGAUAGAUUGGAUAUUAUCAUCCAUAAUGCUGGUGUCAUGACCCCACCAAAGGGUUCCAAGACAGCACAAGGUUUUGAAUUACAACUAGGCACGAAUGCCAUAGGACCACAUUUGUUUCAGAAAUUCUUGGACCCAUUAUUCAUUAAGACGUCUAAGUCCAACAAGCCUGGAGAAUCCAGAGUUGUAUGGGUUGCAUCUUCCGGACACUUCUUUUCUCCCGAAGGAGGAAUCUUCUAUCCAGAUCCCAAUUUCAGAAACACCAACUUCCCAUCCAUGCGGAUUUACGGACAAAGCAAGGCUUGUAAUGUCAUGCAAUCAGUUGAAUGGCCCAAACACCAUCCAGAAGCAACUAACGUUAUCAGUCUCAAUUUAUGCCCCGGCGCCUUGAAGACAGAUUUACAAAGACACACAGGCACCGCGGGCCGCAUCAUGUCCGGCUUGUUACAUGAUGCUAGAAAAGGUGCUUACACUGAACUCUUUGCAGCCUUAUCUCCCUCCAUCACAGUCAAGGACCAAGGCAUUCAUGUUAUUUCCUUUGGAAAGAUUGGCUUCAACAGAAAGGAUCUUAAAGAUCCAGCUAAUACUUCUAAGGCUUGGGACUUCUUGGACAAACAAGUUGAAAAGUAUUUGUAA